AUGUCAGAAAAGAAAGAUCAGGCGUCUGCUUCGUCUUCUCAGGUGCAGAAGCGUGGGGGUUCCAACUCGUUCAGUCGUCUUGAGAACAACACUCCUUUCUCAAGGAUAGGUUCAACAGCUGGUGACGCCGGAGAAGCCAUGCAGAUGGUGGCGGAGGAUCCUCUAUCUUCACCUGGACAUGGACUGGUGGAGGAGCCCGAAGAUGUUUUUGAAAAGAAAGCUCCUGAGCCAUCUCAGGCGGACGGUGAUGGUACGGAACCAGCUGCAGGACAGCCACCUGUUGAGCUCCCUGAACAAUUCUCGGAGCUUCCGAUUGAGCUGGUGAGCCUGACAGAUAGGUUUAUUGCUUCCCUUAGUGCGAAAACGUACAGCACUCCUCCGUCAAUAGAUGCUCUCUCGAGCUUAUUCCAAGAAUUCUACGUCCGAGCUGGAUCUCAUAUUUCAACACACGUUUCUACACUAGCCUCCCGGCUACAUCGUAAUAACUCCGCGUCCUCUCUCCAGUCACAAUCGUCAAGGUCCUCAAGGCGUCCACCGAGCUCCCAUGGCGCACAAAAGGAUACACCCGAGCAACAGAUGCUCACAGCUGACGAAGUGGCCGAGAAACGUAAAGCCCGGAAGCUACUUCAGUUUAAGCAGCAUGCUCUUGAGGAGGCGGUUGAGCGUAGAGCAUGUGAAAUGGUAUACGAUAAGAUCUGGCGGCACCGGAGUACUAUAGACGACGUUCGAGAUGAAAAGUUACGCUCAAAGACGGCUGCCUUACUGGUGAUGGGCAUCGAACUGAAGGAUCUUGGAGUAGACAUAUCCAAACAAGGAGCUGAGGGAACAGUUGAUCCAAAGGAGUGUGUUUCAGCAGCUCGUCAGUGCUUGAUACGGAUGAACGACGAGAGAUCCCCUCUUGGAAAACUCCAACAACUCGUAGCUGCUCAUAAGGCGAUUGUAGAUGCGUUGACGAAUAUCCUACCGUCAUCCUCAUCGGCAGACGAGAUUCUGCCUACUCUAAUCUAUACCCUUAUCCUCUCGCCUCCAGAGGGGGUCAAUAUCAUCAGCAACCUCAACUUUAUACAACGAUUCAGGUCGUCAAGUAAGAUCGACGGCGAAACCGCAUACUGUCUUACAAACCUGGAGGCAGCCAUCGACUUCCUUGAGAAUGUCGAUUUAACCAGCCUUCGUAUGGAAGAAGGCCGCACACCUAUUGACCAGCCUGACCUUAGUCUGCUAUACCCUGCAUCCGUGGACACUAACUCACAUGAGGCCCUUGAUAAGAGCCCAUCUACUGUUUCAGACGCUACCAGCACUGCGGCUGCGGCGCCUACACGGCCUUCGCUGCCUACCAAUGCUUCUGCCCAGCAGCGACUAUCUGACCUCUUUCAGCCUCCGGCAAAAGCUCUCGGAGCAGCAAAUGAUAUUGUACGGAGCACUGCCGACCAAGGCCUGAAGAGCAUAAGCAGCACUCUUGAUAAUAGUUUUACAUUUCUCUUUGGAAGGUUAAAGGAAGUCCAGAUAUCCCAGGGUGAUAAUGCACAGGCCGGUACACCCAUUGUGCCCAAGACUCUUGACGAUGCACGCAAACUAGUUCAGGUGAAAACCAGCACUGUUCCAUCCGACGAAGCCAUAAGUGAAGAUGGAUCGAACAUAGGUGAUCGUACGCCUACUCCGACUCCCUCAAUAUCUUCCCGACAACCACUUGAUGACAGGCUGGCUGAGCUGGUAGGCGGGCGACGACGACCAGGAAUCACCAAACGGGAUUCGAGCACUAAUAGGUCUGAUACGAAUGCGUCGGAUGACACUGCUGCAUCUACCGCUACACCACCCGCUGCUUCAUCUAGUGCCAGUACUGCAAGCCAAGGGUUCAGCUCAGUCAGGGGGUUCGGGACUUCGCUGAACCCCCUCAGCCAUUUCCCGAGUAUGAUCCGUGGCCUGGCUCGGGCCCCUGAACCCCCUGCAGCGACCCCUAGUACCAGCAGCAGGGCCAAGUCGCCAGGUCCGACGACCCCUUCUCCAGCCGCGAAAGGAGCUGCAGGUAUCCAGAAAUUCCUGGAUAUGGGAGAUGCCUCUGAAUUAAGGGUAGGGGAUAUUCCUGAACUGCUGGAAGAUUACAAACGGCUGGCUGCGAUGCUGAAAGCGCAGAAUAAUUAA